AUCAGGCCUCCAUUAUUUUUGUCCUUCCUCAACAUGCUGCAAUAAUGCAAGGCAAAAUCAUGACAAGAAGACUCAAAUCAAGUCCCUUUCGGUUUCGGUUCACCAUCAAUAAAGAAGAGAGAGAUGAUAAUCCGUGUGAAGAAAAAUACCAGAUGACCAAGGCAACGAGCGUAAAGGGGGAGAGGACAUGUUCUUGAUGAUGCACUCCUUCAGUCCCAGGUCAGGUACCGUCGGUGUGUUUAUCUUAAGCAAGUGGUAUUUUGUUUGUUAGUUGAACGGGGACAAACUCAGAAGUAGUGGUUUGCAUUUUGCCACGCCUUGCUUUAGAAGCUCCCUAACACCACUGGCCACCCCCCAAUUAGAUUAGCAGACAUUUGGACAAUCAGCUCUUCCUCUGCUCUUCUUCUAUCAUCCUGUAACUGUAAUGGGUUCUUGCAACUGCCUCCUAUGGCUGAUGAUGCUCUGUUCAUCCUGUCUCCUAUGCUUAUUGGAAUACCCGGUUCUGGUGAGCUCCCAUAAUGACAAGAGGCUCAAUUCCGGACCUCUUGUUAACGUGUCUAAGCAUCUCUCUUUUCCAGAUUUCAGUUCAAGCAAUCCCAGUGUGUACCAGGAUGUCAAGCUUCUAGGCAGUGCGAAGUUCUCUGAUGAUAAGGCCUCACUCCAAAUCCCAGAUGCUUCGCAAGCUGUUGAUCUUAGACACCAAGCAGGGCGAGCCAUCUACUCCGCUCCCAUCCGCCUCUUUGAUCCUCCCACCCAAACCCCAGCUUCAUUCCAGACCACCUUUUCUUUCCAGUUCAACAACAGUUAUGGUAAAGGGACAUCAAAUUCUAGUAGUGGUCUGGGUAGCAGUGGCUUUGCCUUCAUCAUUGUCCCGGAUGAGUUCACUGUGGGAAGACCGGGCCCGUGGCUGGCCAUGCUCAACGAUGCCUGUGACGAUGACUACAAAUCUGUUGCGAUCGAGUUUGAUACACACAAGAAUCCAGAGUUUGGAGACCCCAACGACAACCAUGUGGGCAUUAAUCUGGGUACCAUUGUUUCCACCACAACCAGAAUUGUCUCUCUCAAAGACAGUUCAAUGCACCGGGCUUGGAUUAGCUACGAUGGCCUCCAUAGAUGGAUGGACCUCCGGCUAGGAUCAGACAACAGUGGUUAUCCAUCACAACCCAUCUUCUCAGGGCCCCUGGAUAUCUCACCUUAUCUGAAAGAGUAUAUGUUUGUGGGGUUCUCUGCUUCUACGGGUAACCACACCCAAAUUCACAACAUACUCUCCUGGAAUUUCACAUCAACCAGUCAAGCUUCUCUUCUAGUCCCUUCAACUGAAACGUGUGAGAGUAAGGUCAUCGUUAACGGUGGUCAGAGUACCAAUAGCUCUAAGACAAAGGCUCCAAGUAGUUUCCUGAUCUUCCUAGCUGUGGUUGUUCUGGGUCUAGCUGUUCUGCUCAAUCUCUACUACAACGGUAAACGCAGACACAAAGAACCAUCCGCGGUAUUGCUCUCUGAGAAAAAGCAGCGACCACAGCCACCUAACAAGCCUCGCCGCUUCACCAUUUCUGAGAUUUCCUCAGCGACUCGGUGUUUUAGUGACUCGCAAGAGCUGGGUAGUGACUCGAGAGGCACUUUCUAUAAAGGAACGCUUCUGAAUGGUUCCCACGUGGCUGUGAAGCGAUUCUCAGCUCAGUUUUUGAGCUCACAGGGAUUGGAUAGACGGAGAAUCAUGAAGGAAAUUGGAGCUGUGAGCCGGGUUCGUCACCCAAACUUGGUCCCAAUCAGAGGAUGGUGUAAAGAUAACAGAGAAACUAUGGUUGUGUAUGACUAUCUUCCCAAUGGAAGCCUUGACAAGUGGCUAUUCGGAGCUGGUGUUCUUCCUUGGACCAGGCGAUUCAAGGUGGUAAAAGAUGUUGCAGACGGGCUAAGUUUCAUCCACUCUAAACAACUAGCUCACAAGAACAUGAAGACAAGCAGCGUAUUCCUUGACAUUAGUUUUCGAGCCAUGCUAGGUGAUUUUGGAUUGGUACUCUCUGCAUCAGACUCCAAGAGAUUUGAAGCAGCAGUGAGCCAGAAAGCUGAUGUGUUUGAUUUCGGGGUCUUUGCAUUGGAAGUGGUUGCUGGGAGGAGGAGAAUGGAGCCAGAGGCAGGUGAUGAGCAGAAGGAUUUGUUAGAUUUUGCGUGGAGAAUGCAUGAAAAGGAUGAGAGGGUGAGGGUGGUGGAUAGGAGGAUGGGCUCAGUGAUCAACUUGGAACAAGCCAUUCUAGUAUUGGAGAUUGGGUUGCUCUGUACAUUAAAUGAGACCAAGGGACGACCUUCUAUGGAGGAAGUGGUGGGAUUUUUGGCCAUGGAUAGACCAGUACCUCAGUUGCCGCCUUGUCGACCCAUCUCCUUGUUCCCCUACAGCAGCACCACUGGUCUGUGCAGUGGAAAUCCCUGCUCUCUUUUCAAGUGAAGUCCCAUUUUAUGUUUCAAGGGAGAUUAAUGUUGUAAUUUGCACUGCAAUCAGGGGCCUAAUGAUCUCUUGUAAUGGUGGCCUCUUGCAAACCCAUUCUCUGCAUGUAAGAUUUAUAAGUCUUUUUUGGUCAAUUGAGAUUUGAGUUUACAUCUA